AUGGCUGCCUUCGGGAAGCUGACCGAGUACUUCAGCCUCAGGAAGUCCAGGACGGAGCUGCGCUCCAGGCAGCGGAGCCGGCGGAGCGGGAGCUGCUGCUGUAGUGUCACUGAGUGCAGGUCUCUGGACAGAAAGCUGCAGCGACCGCUCCUGGGGAAGUCCCGCACGCUGCCCAGCAUCCCGCAGUCCCCGGUCCUGAGCAGGCUUCCCCUCCUUGACUCCACAGCAUACAGGGAGGAGAUGCCAGAGCAGAAGCCCUACAAGAAACACUCAGCCUCUGACCACCAGAAAGGAUGCACGGUCCCUUCUGCCGGGGAUGCCUGGCGGCUGGAGGACGACUGCACAGACCCCCCCAGGGACCCCCAGCUGGGCACGGCGGUGGAGGACGCCCCGUUCAGCUCCUUCCGCACCCGGGAUGCCUGGCGGCUGGAGGACGACUGCACAGACCCCCCCAGGGACCCCCAGCUGGGCACGGCGGUGGAGGACGCCCCGUUCAGCUCCUUCCGCACCCGUUCCUUCUACAUGAGGAAGAGCCUGUCUGUGGACAACCACCUGGGGGCCCUCAGCUACGCUGCCCACCCCGCCGAGACCAGGGCCGAGCGCGUCAAGACCAAACUGCGGCGGCAAUUUGAACUGGGAGAGAUGCUGGAGCAUCCCACCCAGCAGGAAGGGGCUUUGUCGGAAAGCAGCCUCGCUAGGUUUGCCCACCGCUUGUCGGUGAAGCAGAAGCAGGAGAAGAGAAGGAGAGCUGAGCAUGCCUCGGCAGAGCUGCCUGCCUUCCGGCCCAGGUCUCUGAGCAUUGAAUGGUCAUCCUCCCCUAAAAUGACGCAGCAGAUGCGGGACCUGCAGCUGGGCAAGGCCAGGAAGCCUCCGGGCCCUUCCUCGCCCAACGCGGCCAAGAGGCUCUACCGAAACCUGUCGGGGAAGUUCCGCGUCAACUACACGUCCUUCGAUGAGGGCAGCCUGGUGGGACGGGCCGAGAAGGAGAAGCUCCGCAAGUCCUACCUGUUCCAGAGCAAUGCUGCCCUCUUUGAGGCUGUGGAGCUGCAGGACCUAGACAGAGUCCAGGAGCUGCUGAAGCAGUACAGCCCUGAGGAGCUGGACCUGAACACCCCCAACAGUGAGGGGCUGCUGCCCCUGGACAUUGCCAUCAUGACCAACAACGCUCCCAUCGCCAGGGCCCUGCUCCAAGCAGGAGCAAAGGAGAGCCCGCACUUCGUGAGCCUGGAGAGCCGCUCGCUGCACGUCUCCACGCUGGUGCGGGAGGCAGAGCAGCGCGUCAAUGAGCUGACGGCGCAGGUGGUGAACGAGGCGCCCAACGCCGACUGCUCCGAGAAGGAGAAGCAGCUCAAGGCCUGGGAGUGGCGAUACAGGCUUUACAAGCGCAUGAAGGCAGGGUUUGAGCAUGCCCGAGUGCCAGAUGCCCCCACCAGUGUCCACCUCUCGGUGGCCAGCAGCUCCUCGGUGCAGGUGACCUUUCGGGAGCCCCUGAGCGUCAACUCAGCCGUUGUCACCAAGUACAAAGUGGAAUGGAGCUGCUCUCCCACCUUCUUGCCGCUGCUGGGGGAGGCCAUCAUCGACAAGCUGAAGAACCUGCACUACACAAUCCAGGGGCUGGUGUCGGGCACAGCGUACUAUGUCCAGGUGUCUGCCUACAACAUGAAGGGCUGGGGACCCCCCCAAGCCUCCGUGCCCCCUUUUGCCAUCCCUUCCAACUGGCGGGAGUACGAUGGCCGGGCCCCACGGCGAAGGGGACAAGCAGAAGCUCUGGACCAUCUGCUGGGCCAAGUAAAGACAGUCCACCAGCACUGCAUUUGCCAUGAGCCCUGCAAGAACCAGUCCCAGAGCAGGAAGCACUCCGUGUCCAAGAGCCUCAAGCACCUCUUCCACCCUGGCAGCAAGUUUCUCAAGACACUGAAGCGGGGCCUCUACCUGACAGCCAUCUUCUACAAGGAUGACAAUAUCCUGGUGACCCAUGAAGACCAGAUCCCUGUGGUGGAGAUUGAUGACACCUACUCCUGCUUGCUCAUGCAGGAUUUUCUGUGGUUCACCAAGGUGUCCUGCAUGUGGGACGAGGUGCUGUGGCUCCGGCAGUGCGUCACCGUCUCCCAGUCGUCCUGCUCCUGCAUCCUGCAGACACGCUUCAAGAUGCUGCUGGCCAUCUCACAAAUGCAGGGACUGCUGGGCAUCCAGGACCUGGGGCAGGUCUUCUUUGAGCCAGUCAAAGACAAACAAGGCAACAUACUCAUCGUCACCCUGAAGGAGGUGAAGACCAACCAGACCUUCGAGAGUGUCCGCUGGGUUCCUGUCUGCAAGCUGCAGACCAGCCGCAAGUCUGUGUCUUCCCCAGAGGAGCCCACUGCUCUGGACAUGCUGCUGAUCUCUGUCCAGGACAAGCUCUCUUACCACCAGCGAAGCAGUCACGCCCUCUCCCCAGGCCUCUAUCUGGGCUACUUGAAGCUCUGCAGCGCCGUGGAUCAGAUCCGAGUGCUGGUGCCGGAGCAGCUCCCCAACAUCCUGUGCCACGUCAAGAUUCGCUCCAACCCAAACAUCUCCAGGGAGGAGUGGGAAUGGCUGCAGAAUAUGGUCGGUGUGGAGGAGCCUGUUCCUGUAGAGACAGAGGCUGAGACCUCCCAGAACCACUUGUUUCAGGAGCUCCAAGUGGCCAUCAAGGAACUGGUGACCCUGGUCAACAUCCCGUUGCAAGAGGCCAAAGAUUUCCGUCUGUACAGCCAAGAGGUGCUGGACUUUGGGGGCCAGGUCUCCUUCCUGCUGCUGCUGCCUCCAUCAGAUGACGUCUGCACUGCUCCUGGCCAGAACAACCCCUACACUCCUCGCUCCGGCUUCCUCACGCUGCCGCUGCAGAUCUUUGAGCUAGUCCACUUCUUCACCUACGACCGUGAAUUCAUCACCCAGUACUGCCAGGUGUCUGCCCUCCUGGAGCUGGAGUCACUCCUCUCUCAGCAGAGCCUCAGGGAGGCCUUCUCUGACACUGAGCUCUCCACUGCAAAGCAGAGGCACCAGCAGGUCCAGGACUACAUCCAGCAAAUGGAGGAGAUCUGGCGUGAGAUGCGCUGGAUCAUGGACGCCCUGCAGCACGCCCGGUACAAGCAGCCCCCCUGCGGCAUCUCCCUCGGUGGCUUCCUCGGCGAGGCCAGUGCAGUGAUGAAGGAGAAAACCCAAUCCACCUCGUCCCACCUCGACUACCUGCCCUCCCCAGCCCCCUCACCAGAGACCAGCCGUAAGCUCAACUCUGAUUCACAUGGGCUGUCAGAUGAGGAGGGCUCCUCAGAGGUGUUCCUGGCUACUGACAGCGACUAUGACUCCAGCAGGGCGCAGAGCCCCAAGGAGCUGGACCUGGUUUACUCCUCCUCCUCGGGGCCCGAGUGCUGCAGCCGGAGAGUCGCCCGCUCCCUGCGGGACAGUGCCCCAGACGUCCUGCAGACCCACGAGCUGAAGACCCCACCACUGCCACCGCCAGCUCCAGAGGAGCCCCGGCCACCCCCAGAGCUCUAUGACAGCGACUUCGUCCUGCCCAGCCGGCAGAUCGAGCUGCUGCGCAUCACGGAGAAGCGGCAGGCGUACUGCGUGCGGACCAGCAGCCUGGACUUCCCCAAACCGCUCUGCCAGGUGGCCAGGAAGUCCUGCCCUGGCUCUGUUGAUAGCUCCCCAACAGAGAGCAGGACCAUGGGCCACUGCAGCCAGCUCAGGCUGGGGACUGGCUCAGCACCCAGCCCCGAGCGCAGCCGGGGCAUCUCCCUCGGUGGCUUCCUCGGCGAGGCCAGUGCAGUGAUGAAGGAGAAAACCCAAUCCACCUCGUCCCACCUCGACUACCUGCCCUCCCCAGCCCCCUCACCAGAGACCAGCCGUAAGCUCAACUCUGACGUCCUGCAGACCCCCGAGCUGAAGACCCCACCACUGCCACCGCCAGCUCCAGAGGAGCCCCGGCCACCCCCAGAGCUCUAUGACAGCGACUUCGUCCUGCCCAGCCGGCAGAUCGAGCUGCUGCGCAUCACGGAGAAGCGGCAGGCGUACUGCGUGCGGACCAGCAGCCUGGACUUCCCCAAACCGCUCUGCCAGGUGGCCAGGAAGUCCUGCCCUGGCUCUGUUGAUAGCUCCCCAACAGAGAGCAGGACCAUGGGCCACUGCAGCCAGCUCAGGCUGGGGACUGGCUCAGCACCCAGCCCCGAGCGCAGCCGGGGAGAGCAGGGCUCGGAGCCUGUUUUCCGAACGCGCUCGGUCGAGUGGACUCAGAACUUCCAGGAGCAGCUGGAGCAGCCUGAGUGCUUGGCUGACCGAGGGAAGAAGCCGGGCUCUGUCACCCUGCGGGUCUGCCCUCAGUAUGAAACGGGACUCUCCAAAGAGACCAGUGUCAAGGUGGAUGAGGCUUCUGGCAGUGCCAAAUGGGAUUUGUGGCUCUGCGGGAGAACGGCUGCUGCUGCGGAGGGGCUACACAUCACCAGCCAGACAUCUGCUGGGGAGGUGGUGAAGCUGGUGGUGCUGGAGAUGAACGACGUCUCCCGGGACAUGCUGGGCAGCUCAGCUGCCUUCUGCUACAGCGAGGAGCAGCUGCAGCACUUCGGACUGGUGUUCGCCUCUGACGAGAGUGAGCGGUGGCUUCCUGAUGACUUCCUGCCUCUCUCCCUCCAAACUACCUGGCCUGAGGGGAGGUUCUAUGUCCGGAUCAAGGAGACAUCCCCUCUGGUGCUCCAGUAUGGGCCAGCGACCACCGUAUGA